AUGGCCAUAACACAAUCUACGCUGCCUACAUCAUCGCAAGUGCCACCAUUACAGACGAGACACCGGGACCAAAAUCGGUCAAUAGGAGCAACCCAACGCGCCGAGACUAACUCAAAUUUACAAUCAGAAUCAUUCUCUACACAAUCAACCACCCUUGAUGCCGGUGCACUUGAAAACUCGCAGGAUUCUGAAUAUGGUAGACCUUCUAUUAUAUCACAAAAGCGUAAAGCAGCCAAAAGUACUGGAUCUCACUCAAAAUCAGUUGCAAAAAGGAAAAAGACUACGAAUCAUUCAAAAAGUCAACCGACCCGACCUAGGAGUGUUGAACAUACUACCUUUACAAAUAACCGAUUACCCUCCACCCAGCAACCUAGAAACGUACGCAGCUAUCAGCCUCUACCAAGUACACCAUCAUUGCAUACAAUUCAUACGUCUCCUGUGCACCAAGAGGGCUUGUUACCCACUAUCAAUCCUGCUGAUCUUCGAUCUUACCCUACAUCACCAGCGAUCCCCCCUAUUCAGGAUGUAACUGGGCCUGACUGCUUCUCUGAUGAUAUGCUGGAGCCUGCCGCCUCUUUAUUCAACUAUGACAAUUCAUCCCAGAAUUUAGUGGCGGAGGCUGGUAUGACAACUUCCACGAACACAAAUAGGGCUGUAGAAGACCUUGCCAAGUAUGCGCGACAGCAGUUUAUAUGUGGUCUAUGCAACAGAAAAUCUGCUGAACCAGUGCAGAGAACCUUCCCAGGUAUGAGUCAUGGUACACGGGACUUUCAAGAUGCUGAAAAGGCUGUUCGAUCCUUCUAUAAAUCCUGGAAGUUUCGAUCAAUUCAGAGCGCUACAAGUAUAUUCCUUGAGUGGUUUAUUACUCAACGCUAUUCACUACCAUAUGACCCAAAAUCAAUCCUUGAAGGUAUCACAAGGUCAUAUAUACCAAUUUGGUCUUUAGAAGUAUUUGCUUGGAUGACAACCUGUCUAUCACUUGAUAGCUUCUCUCCUUUCGGCCGAUCUUUUGUUCGAUAUGCUACUAUCCAGUUGGUUUUCCGCGCAGGACUAAAUGCAUUACUUACUCGGGGCCCUAAUAGAAUCCCUGAACUUGUGAAGUAUGAUCGCAGUCAUGUCUUAAAUGCUUUUGAUAGUCUCCACACAAAGAACAAAUAUCGAGAACUGGACAUUCUUAGGGACUUUCCAUUGGCAGAAAUCUUGGGCAGUCGCCGGAAGCCCCAACGGUCCCUAAUUGAUAUGGAUGCGGACAGUGAUGGAUCAGUAGAAGAGAGGGAUGGGGAUGAGGAUAAGGAUAAUAAUGAGCACCGGGAUGAGGAUGGGAAUGAGGGUGAGAAUGAGAGUGAGACUGAGAAUGAGGAUGAGAAUGAGGAUGAGGAUGAGAAUGAGGAUGAGGAUGAGGAUGAGAAUGAGGAUGGGGAGUAG